AGAUAUGUAAUUUAUCAAGGAGGAUUGCUUGUAUCUAUUAGAAUUCUCUGGCACACAAUUUGCAGAGUUUGCAAUUGCAGGCAUUCCUAACCCUGCCAGAAGCUAAAUGGGAGGUGGAGCCGUUGCAUUCGCAAUCUUCGACCGUGAUAACGUGAGGUUACUGAACAUUGUCAACGAUGUUUACCAGAAGUAUGCUUAUGACUUGGAGCUGUUCAUACAUUGCUCAUUGGAUAUUAUUGACGAGAAGUCCUCAAAAGCAAACGAGAUGUUUUUAGGACAUUUGUACAGCAAUCAGAAGUACAAGUCUUAUGGUUUUAUCACAAACACGGGUGUUCGCAUGAUUUUGGUGCUCGAGGCAAACAAUAUCGAGCUCAAAGAUUUGGACGUGCGAGGUAUCUUCAAACGCUUCCAUACUUUAUACUGCAAUGCCAUCUCGAAUCCGUUUCACACGUUCGGAGCCGAAAUUCAAUCAAAGUCGAUCUCGAGAGCGGCUGCGCAAAUAUUGUGCAGUAAUUCUGAGUUAUAG